AUGAGCUGUAACAGUGAGCCCAGAACCUAUCCAUGUACCAUUUGUGGUGACCAAAGUCAUACUGGACCUCAGUGCCCCUUGUUUUACCCUAGUGAAACUACUCGUGACCAGGUUAGUGUCCUACAUGGUUGUAUGAAUUCUAAAUUUGAGGGUAGACCCAAGUUUGAUCCCUAUUCUAAUACAUAUAACCCUGGUUGGAGAUAUAACCCUAAUUUUUCGUGGUCUAAAGGUUCCCAACAAGGUGGCCCAUCUAGCAACCCACCACCAGGUGUUCAUAGGAACCAAAAUCAAUUCCAAGAACCGAGCCCAGUUGAACAAAAUGUGUUAUCUCUAGAGGAAACUCUAAGACUCUUUAUUGAAGAGACUGAGGUUGACCAAACUUCGUCUAAAGACCCUAAUGAUCCUAAGAGUGCCAAGAGUCCAAGUGAGGAAGCUACCCCUGAUAGAGUGUACGUACCACCCGCACCAUUUCCUCAGAGACUUGCUAAGAAAAAGCCUAGUACGUAUGAUGAAAUCCUAGACAUCUUUAAGCAAGUUAAGGUCAACCUGCCCUUGUUAGAUGCAAUUAAACAUGUACCAGCUAUGGCUAAGUUCCUAAAAGAGAUGUGCACUGUCAAGAGAGACGCGAGUGUCCAUAAAAAGGCAUUUUUGACUCAACAAGUUAGUUCCAUAAUCUCACAAAAGUACCCAAUCAAAUUUAAAAAUCCUGGUUGUCCUACUGUCACAUGUGUCAUAGGUAAACAAACAAUAGACAAUUGUCUAUUAGAUCUUGGGGCUAGUGUGAAUCUUUUACCAUUCUCGUUAUAUGAAAAACUUGGACUAGGGGAGAUGAAACCAACUAGGAUAACACUACAGUUAGCCGAUAGGUCAGUCAAAAUCCCACGUGGAAUUAUUGAAGACGUUUUUGUUCAGGUAGAAAACUUUAUCUAUCCAGUUGACUUUGUGAUUUUAGACACUCAACCUGUCUCUAGUCAAGAUAUCCAUAUCCCAAUCAUCAUAGGUCGUCCGUUUCUAGCCACUGCAAAUGCAGUCAUACAUUGUCAAACUGGCCUAGUAGAAUUUUCCUUUGGGAAUCAGAAAAUCUCGGUGAACGUUUUUAAGGCAUUGCAAGCCCCACCGGACCCUGAACACUAUGAGUCUAUAUGCAUGAUUGAUUCUCUGGUUGAGAAUACCUUUACCAUAAAUAGUGUUAGUGAUCCUUUAGAGGCGUGCUUGGCCCACUUUGGAGCCUACUAUGAUGAGGAUAGUCAUUUUGAAGAAGUUAAUGCGUUGUUAGAUUCUGCCCCAGUAAUGGAUUAUGGAAAAUGGCAGCGUAAACCAGAACCCCUUCCGCCGACCAUAGAUAAACCCCUCCCAUCAUCAGUUAAGGCACCCACCCUUGAAUUAAAACCGCUACCAAAUACACCGAAAUAUGUAUUUCUUGGUAAUGAAAAUACUCUUCCUGUCAUAAUUGCCUCUGACUUAGAGCCCAAUCAGGAAAGUAGACUAGUUAGUGUUCUUCGGGAAUACAAGACUGCAAUAGGGUAUACUAUAGCAGAUUUAAAAGGAAUUAUUUCCUGCUGA